CGGCGGAACACACGGCUACAGCCUCGAGCCCCUCGGGCCGCCCCGCCCCGCCGCGUGGCGCAUUCGGGGGGCGCGGCCGCGGCGUCGGGGCGUCGGGAGGGGCGGAGCGCGGAAGUGUCAGCCGGGACGAGGGCAGGGCUGGACUCGGGAGGGACCAAGUUUGCGGAGCGGCUUCUGCGCGACGGCAGUGCGGCGAGGCAGGGCCUGGGCUGCGACCCCCAGGGCCGCUUGCCGGAACUUCCCGGCUGCCCCUGCCCUGGGAGACCUACUUGAUGGGGACGCCAGGUGUGCAGGGGCGUGGCGCGUAGGAGUGAUUGGGAGAACAAUGCAUGAAAGUCUGACAUCAUGAUAUCCAUUCGGCAAAGAAGAGAAAUAAGAGCCACAGAAGUUUCUGAAGACUUUCCAGCCCAAGAAGAAAAUGUGAAGUUGGAAAAUAAAUUGCCAUCUGGUUGUACCAGUAGAAGAUUAUGGAAGAUUUUGUCAUUGACAAUUGGUGGAACCAUUGCCCUUUGCAUUGGACUUCUUACGUCUGUUUACCUUGCCACGUUACAUGAAAAUGAUUUAUGGUUUUCUAAUAUUAAGGAAGUGGAGCGAGAAAUCUCAUUCAGAACAGAGUGCGGCUUGUAUUACUCCUACUACAAGCAGAUGCUGCAGGCUCCAACCGUUGUGCAAGGUUUUCAUGGCCUAAUAUAUGAUAAUAAAACUGAAUCUAUGAAGACAAUUAAUCUCCUUCAGCGAAUGAAUAUUUACCAAGAGGUUUUUCUCAGUAUUUUAUAUAGAGUUCUACCCAUACAGAAAUAUUUAGAGCCGGUUUAUUUUUAUAUUUACACCUUAUUUGGGCUCCAGGCGAUCUAUGUCACAGCUCUCUAUAUAACCAGCUGGCUACUCAGUGGUACGUGGCUGUCAGGACUGUUGGCAGCUUUCUGGUAUGUCACAAAUAGAAUAGAUACCACAAGAGUUGAGUUUACCAUCCCACUGAGGGAGAACUGGGCACUGCCAUUCUUUGCAAUUCAGAUAGCAGCAAUUACAUAUUUCCUGAGACCAAACUUACAGCCUCUUUCUGAAAGGCUGACACUUCUUGCCAUUUUCAUAUCAACUUUUCUCUUUAGUCUGACAUGGCAAUUUAAUCAAUUUAUGAUGCUGAUGCAAGCAUUAGUGCUGUUCGCACUGGACUCCCUGGACAUGCUGCCAGCAGUGAAGGCGACGUGGCUGUAUGGAAUACAGAUAACAAGUUUACUCCUGGUCUGCAUUCUUCAGUUUUUUAAUUCCAUGAUUCUUGGAUCGCUGCUCAUCAGUUUUAACCUUUCAGUAUUCAUUGCAAGAAAACUUCAGAAAAAUCUGAAAACUGGAAGCUUCCUUAAUAGGCUUGGGAAACUUUUGUUGCAUUUAUUUAUGGUUUUAUGUUUGACACUUUUUCUCAACAACAUAAUUAAGAAAAUUCUUAACCUGAAGUCAGAUGAACACAUAUUUAAAUUUCUGAAGGCAAAAUUUGGGCUUGGAGCAACAAGGGAUUUUGAUGCAAAUCUCUAUCUGUGUGAAGAAGCUUUUGGCCUCCUGCCUUUUAAUACAUUUGGAAGGCUUUCAGACACUCUGCUUUUUUAUGCUUACGUAUUCGUUCUGUCCAUCACAGUGACUGUAGCAUUCGUUGUUGCCUUUCACAAUCUCAGUGAUUCUACAAAUCAACAAUCCGUGGAUAAAACGGAAAAAGGCACAGUUAACCUGAAACCAGAAACUGCCUACAACUUAAUACAUACCAUUCUGUUUGGAUUCUUGGCAUUGAGUACAAUGAGAAUGAAGUACCUCUGGACGUCACACAUGUGCGUGUUCGCAUCAUUCGGCCUAUGUAGCCCCGAAAUAUGGGAGUUACUUCUGAAGUCAGUCCAUCUUUAUAACCCAAAGAGGAUAUGUAUAAUGCGAUAUUCAGUACCGAUAUUAAUACUGCUGUAUCUAUGCUAUAAGUUCUGGCCAGGAAUGAUGGAUGAACUCUCCGAGUUGAGAGAAUUCUAUGAUCCAGAUACAGUGGAGCUGAUGAACUGGAUUAACUCUAACACUCCAAGAAAGGCUGUGUUUGCGGGAAGCAUGCAGUUGCUGGCCGGAGUCAAGCUGUGCACGGGAAGGACCCUAACCAACCACCCACACUACGAAGACAGCAGCCUGAGAGAGCGGACCAGAGCGGUUUAUCAGAUAUAUGCCAAGAGGGCACCAGAGGAAGUGCAUGCCCUCCUAAGGUCCUUUGGCACCGACUACGUAAUCCUGGAAGACAGCAUCUGCUAUGAGCGGAGGCACCGCCGGGGCUGCCGACUCCGGGACCUGCUGGACAUCGCCAACGGCCACAUGAUGGAUGGCCCAGGAGAGAAUGAUCCUGAUUUGAAACCUGCAGACCACCCUCGCUUCUGUGAAGAGAUCAAAAGAAACCUGCCUUCCUAUGUGGCCCACUUCACCAGAGUGUUCCAGAACAAAACCUUCCAUGUUUACAAGCUGUCCAGAAACAAGUAGCACAGAUUUCUGCCCAGUGUCUAUGUUUGAUACAGUGAAACUGCAUCAUGAUGAAACUCGGUAGAUGACGUUUCCUAUGUAAGUAGGUAGCCCAAACCUUCAAGCUGUGAUAUGAGUAGGUUCUACAGAUGUUUACACAAGCAUUGCCAUCUUUGAAAGCAUCUUCUACAAGCAGAAGUCUUUUUUGUUGUGUGUCUAUCUUUCUCAUUAAUGUUCUUUAGCCUAAAUGUUGACAACUUUCUAAGAGUGACCUAAAAUUAUGUUGUUGGAGAGAAUGAUGCGUGUUCCAUGGAUACCUGGAUAGGCACAUACCAUGUUGGAAGAUGAGCACCUGCUCAGGAUUUGAAAUACUUUUAAUUUUCAGGUGGCUUAAAACAGCUAUGAUUGAAUCAACUAGAAAUGAUGAUCAGCUUAUUUAAUAUGAUUUCACUGGUGAAGACGAAUUGGUAGCUUUCUAAAAAGCUCUUUAGUGUCCUGUUUUAUCUUAAAAUGUUAUAAUAUUUUCCAAUUGUCAUGCUUUUAACAUUAACAAAAAAAAUCAUGUUAGGGCUUUUAUCAAACAUUUUGUUACACUCUGUCUGAAAUGUAGAGUACUUCAGCACUAUGUGUCAUGUAUUUGUGUGUGUGUGUGCGCGUGUGCACACAUGUGUUUCAAUGCUGGGCACAGAAAAGUGUUACAAGUUCCAUAUUGUAAGUCCUUAAAGGGGCAGAAAUGUAUGUAGCCAAGUAGAAUUUAUUACAUUUUAGUGUUAUUAUUUUAAAACUUACUGAUACGCUAACUUCUCCUGCAAGUAAUAGUUUUGCUUUAUUUCUUACUCAUUUCAAUUUAUUGGGUUUGCAAAAUUUUGUAAACUUCUUGUGUUUUUAGCCUUUGUAUUUUUUACAGCCUAGAAUCUUGCAAAGUCUGAAUAUUUUUUAAAUGUUCUAUCUUAACUAGUUCACUAAUACAGUAUUUUUAGCAGACAGCAUUUUCAGACAGCAUUUUCAUACCAAGUUUGACUUGUGGUUUCCAAUCUUACUGGGAGGGCCCUGGUAGUAUAAUUCUUUUCCUUACUAAAAGGUAACCAAGUGCCUCUAAGUCAUGCUUAUUUGUAAACAACAAAGAAGAGUAUAUGUACUUGCUCAAAAUUUUUUUGAUAAUUGCUUAUAUAAUUAAUUUCUAAUGAUGAGGACAUGUAAAAGUUGCUAGUAAGAACAUAUUAUGCAUUUAAUUAAAUCAAGAUGGCUAAUGGAAUUAACUUUCUCCCCUGUUCUUGCCAGGUGGAAAUGAUUUAAGCAUUUCUGCUUGCAGUUGUAUUGAAGUAAAUUACCAUAGACAUCAAGAUGGCUACAUCACAUUUUCAAAUGAUUUUAUAUUAAAUUACUACUUAUUAAGCAGCAUUCAAAAAGUCGUUUACACUGUCAUGUUGGACACAAGCAGACUCAGCUUUUAUCAAAACUUGUUUAAAUAAAAAAUUGACAGUAGCUGGGUUACUAAAUUAUGCAACUGAAACUCCUGAAUUAUACCUUUUUUGUAUCCCUUAAUAAGAUUGGAGACCACUGCAGUUUAGGAUAAUACAAUAAUAAAACGUUUUAAUCAGUACUAAAACUUUAAUUAAGCCAAUAAUGAUGCAUGCCUGUUGUAGCUGACAGCAUGGGUCAGUCCAUCCUUCAGCGAGUGCCUUACUCUAAUUGAAACCAAGCACACGUAAGGUACAGUACAAUAUGUUAGACUGUGGUUUUGUUUUCAAAAUCCUCUGUUAUGGCUAUAUUUAAAUUUGUUUUAAGUAUUCCUGUAUGUAUUCAUCUAAGCAUUUGGGCAUUUGGAGUCUUAAUAUACAAGAAACAUGCACUUAAAUUUGUAUGCUUAUCACCGCAAUGAUGGCAAACAGUGAUUUUUUUUCUUUUUCAUAGUUUAGGUGUCAUUGUUGCCAGCGUCUUUAGUGCUCAGUCUUCAGUGAAAAAUAUAAAGUGCCAAAAAAAUCUUGCAAGACAGAAUCCAUACUUAACACUCUUUCCAAGACACUGUGACAAUGUACAGUAGAAGUUUUUAUUUCCUGAUGACCAAAUCUAUCAACGAAUCAUGUUAUUAAUAAAUAUUUUUAGCACUCGUCAGUAUUCUCCAAUGUGACCUUCUCAUUGGAGUACACAGAAGGAAAGCAAAGAAGAGCAUCUGACUUCUGGCUCUGGCUUACAGCCUCUCCACCAGGCUGAAGCAAGAGACCCACAGCGGCAGCUCCCCGCCACUCAGACCGGGGUGGUGAUAGCCUCAAAGAAUGGCUCUGUUUUCUGUUGAUAGAAAACCCACUUGAUUUUGCUUCUGAGUUAGCAAUCAGAAGACCCUCUAAGUACAAUAGAAGUGCUCUUAACGGACUCUGCCUAUGUGACUCCCAGGCCCCGGAGUCUCCAUCUCUCUCGUAAGCCACCUGCCCCGGCACAGCUGGAGGCUGCUCUCUGGUGUUCUCAGUGCUCUGGCUCCCUCCCUUGAGUUGUGCGCCCGUCCCAAACUACUACAUGCAAGCUCUGCUUCCUCUUGUAAGUACACAACUCAGUUAAGUAUUUACGUACACGUAGAAAAUACGGGUGUGAAAAGAAAGAGCUUUCUGCAAAAAUUAAGUUGAAUGCUUUGGUAAGAAGUGAUAAAGGCUAGUUGCCAGUAAAAGUUGCUUUUAAAUUAGGUGUGGCUGGGAAAAUUAUAAGAUAUUGGGGAAAAUUUACAAAUCAAAAUUUCUGAGCUUAGAUUGCUUCAUAGAUUUAUUUAAGUACUCAUCCCACUUUUAAAACUCUAAACCGAGAGGAAGGGACCCAAAUCAUGUUAUUGGUGUGAUUUAUGUGAGAAGUAGAACUAUAGUCAUUGGACCCUUAGGCAAAGGAAAAACUCAUGUCUUUAUAUCAGAAGAUCAGCAAACGAAUGUACAGUUACACAGUUGAGGUUAUGAUUCCCUACUUUAACCUACUUACUUUAUUAAAUGACCAACUACUGAUACUGAUCACAAUAGUUAUUAGAGAUUCUAAUUUAGUUGGAAGGUUCUAACCACUUUUAUUACAGGCAUUUGAAAAAUAGGGAUUCAUUUCAAGUAUAUUAGCCAGGAGCAUAGUUAGAUGUUACCCAGGCCAUUUGUCAUCGUGUUAAUGAUGAUUUUCCUGACCCUUGUGAGAUCAGCGUGACAGGAGUGUGUGCGUUUGUGUUUGUGUGGGUGUGUGUUUUUGGUUGGAUGCUGCCAGGUGGCAAAGGCACAUGUAAAUACAUCAUCCGAUCUGCAUCUUUAUUCCACAAUUAACUAAAAGUAAAAAUGUCUAUUCUGAUUCUAUAUUAAUUUUGUCUAAGGUGUAAAGAUUUUAGUUCAUCUUUGGCCAAAACCUACCUAAAUUAACGUACAAAUAUUUGGUUUUUAAAAUUUAACUCAAAUCUCAAAAUCAGUGAAGUGUUAUCAGAUCCUGUAUCUUGGUUAAUAUGCUCCCAAAUGCUUUAAACAUGGCAACCUUUUGGCCUAAGAGAGUGUUUGUCUGUUUGUGGAAAAAAGCUUUUGAGAUGAGAGAAUGUCUGUCUUUCUUCUGGCAAUUGGUUUUCUGUUUUUAACACCCUUUGGGUAAAAUCUUACAAAGAGCUUUUAUAAUUUGUUUUACUGAAUUGUAUGGAGAUUGUAUACUAAGUAAAGCUCUUUUAAAUUGCA